AUGCGCUUUUCCCUAGUUGCCCUUGCUCUCGCUCUCGUGGCAGCAGUCGCCGCAUACCCGCACGCCGAACCGCAGUUCGAGGGACCCAUCGUAACCGCCGUUCCUGUGACGCCGUCGCCCAGUGCAUCUGGUCGACCAAGACCGACGAGGACACGGAAGCACAAGCCUCACAAGGAGCCCACGCCUACGUUCAAGCCCGUCAAGCCUUGCGAAUGCAUCAAGCCGAUCAUUCCCGUCAACCAGUUGACGGCCAAGGAGAAAUGCGAAUUCGAGUAUGCUCACAAUAUGGCGUGCUACUUCCGAACGGACGGCGCAUGCCAAAAGCCAACAUUCUCGGUAAGUUCCUUGCCCAUUUCCUACACAUUCUGUAUCCCUUCAAUGCUAGACUCAGAUAUUGAGUUCCAUUCCGAAAGUGAAGAACCUGCGGGAGGUUUCCUCCUCGCGAUAGCGAUCGAUAGCGUCUUCAUCCGUGACGAUCUGCUUCCGUGA